AUGCCUUCUGCGCCUCUAAGAACACUUGCGCCGUUCCUGCGCGCCUCCCGGCAUUGCCUGAGACCCGGCAGCGCCGCCAACCCAAUACAGUUCGCCGUACGGCAGCAAAAUGUCGCGGCAGCUCUCAACAUCACGCGAUCAUAUGCUGCCGUCUAUCAGCGGACGAAGCCCCAUGUAAACAUUGGUACAAUCGGACACGUCGAUCACGGAAAGACCACCCUAUCUGCCGCCAUAACCAAGAGACAGGCCGAAAAGGGAUUGGCCAGCUACCUCGACUAUGGCUCCAUCGACAAGGCACCCGAAGAGCGGAAACGUGGUAUCACCAUCUCCACUGCCCACAUCGAGUACUCGACCGACGAGCGACAUUACUCCCACGUCGACUGCCCCGGUCACGCCGAUUACAUCAAGAACAUGAUUACAGGUGCCGCCAACAUGGACGGUGCCAUCAUUGUUGUUGCUGCUUCCGAUGGACAGAUGCCCCAAACCCGUGAACAUCUCCUCCUUGCGCGCCAGGUCGGUGUCCAAAAGAUUGUGGUCUUCGUCAACAAGGUUGAUGCCAUUGAUGACCCGGAGAUGUUGGAGCUCGUCGAGAUGGAGAUGCGUGAACUUCUCUCACACUACGGCUUCGACGGAGAUGAGACCCCUGUCGUUAUGGGCUCUGCCCUGUGUGCUCUGGAUGGAAAGCGGGAGGAGAUCGGUGUGCAGAAGAUCGACGAGCUGAUGAAGGCCGUCGACAGCUGGAUCCCGACGCCCGAGCGCGACCUCGACAAGCCUUUCCUGAUGUCCGUCGAGGAUGUCUUUUCUAUUGCCGGCCGUGGAACCGUCGCCUCUGGGCGAGUUGAGCGCGGUACCUUGAAGAAGGACUCCGAGGUCGAGCUGGUCGGCAAGGGUGGCGAGGUCAUCAAGACCAAGGUCACCGAUAUUGAGACCUUCAAGAAGUCCUGCGACGAGUCUCGUGCCGGUGACAACUCUGGUCUUCUCCUGCGAGGUGUAAAACGCGAGGAUGUGAGACGUGGCAUGGUGAUCACUAAGCCUGGCACCGUCAAGGCUCACACCAAGUUCCUGAUUUCACUAUACGUCUUGACCAAGGACGAAGGUGGCCGCCACACUGGCUUCCUCGAGAACUACCGACCUCAGAUGUUCUUGCGCACCGCUGACGAGGCCUGCGCUCUGUUUUUCCCCGACGACGUUGAGGACAAGUCCCGCAUGGUUAUGCCUGGCGACAACGUUGAGAUGAUGGCGACGCUUCACAACCCCAUCGCUAUUGAGGCUGGUCAGCGAGUCAAUGUCCGUGAAGGCGGCCGGACCGUCGCUACUGGUAUCAUAACCCGUAUCGUACAAUAG